CUCAGGUAAAGCUACCUGUGCGGCAGAACAGAGGGGAGGGCUGAGGAAUUACCACGUAGUUUUCAGCUUUAGUAAGGCGCAUUUCACAGUAAUAACUCUGUAUGCACUUAUAGAAAUAAAUCUCCCUUCUGAAUUUUGGUUUUAAGAAUUCAUUUAAAUGGCAGCGAGGGUAGGACAGGCCAUGAAUCCGCCGCAUACGACAGAAGAAAGGGCGGUUUUCACGCAGCUGAAGCCGGUGAGGAUGCCGGGGGCGGACAGCGCAGAGGAGGUGGCCGUGUUUGAGGACGUCAAACCCGGGGUGAGAGUCUCCGCCGACCCGCUGAGGACGGCCGGACCCCCCGGUUCACCGGGAGCCCGGCCUCUCCGGACUCGACUAGAGUUGGACAAAUACCUCCCCCAGGUCAACAGUCCUCUCUUGAGCAACCUGAUUGACACCGUUGACAAGAAAUACAGACGAGACAGUGCUUCUGUUGUUGACGAGUACUUCUCUGAGGACAAAACUGGCACCCCUUACAGCCUCAACAUCAACGUCAUCCUUCCCAGCACCACUCACCUCCGCACGGGCCUCUACCGGGCCAACACCAAGACUCUCACGCCACAGCAGAUCAAGAUAGAGCCCGGGCUGGAAGUGCCCUGCUCCAUCCCCAACACCACCACUCAGGCCCUGCCAGACUUCACCUCUGUGUUCACCAUGCCGCCUGUAGUCAACAAUGUUUUCAUCAAACCAGACAUGAGCUCUGGAGGAGUGGUGACUGCGCCCGUAGGGUCCCAGCAGCCGCAGCAGCAGCAGCAGCAGCCAAAUUUGGACACAGAGCUUCACAUCGGCCCCCCGGCCCCCCAGCCGCAGGUCUACCACAUGCCCAUCACCAGCGCUGCUGACCUCACCAUGACUCUGACCCACACCAGCCCGUCUGCACACGCCUCCACGAGUGGCAGGACCAUGCUGAACCUCGGCAAUGUUGCGUUACCGACAAGCAACAGCAACUACAUGAUGGUAGAGCAUCAGCUACCACAGCAUCACGGUUACUACCAGGCCUCUCCGGCCAACUCAUCCCAGCACACAGCACCCCACAGCCUGCCACCCUCACCCCCAAACUCUCAGCCAGGGAGCCCAGACGUUCAGGCGGAGCUGCUCAGCUUAGCGCCCCAACUUCCGCCUCCAUACCAGCAGCGUCUGGGAGGGAUAAAGCUGACAGGGUUGUCUCCGCAUGCUUUGCUCAUGACACACGGCCAGGGUGUCCUGACAGGUCCCAAAUACAACAGGCGGAACAACCCAGAGCUGGAGAAGAGGAGGAUCCACUUCUGCGACUACCCAGGCUGCACCAAAGUUUACACAAAGAGCUCUCAUCUCAAGGCACACCAAAGGACGCACACAGGUGAGAAGCCCUACCGCUGUACGUGGGACAACUGUGACUGGCGUUUCGCCCGAUCAGAUGAGCUCACCAGACACUACCGGAAACACACUGGAGCCAAACCCUUCAAGUGCAUUGCCUGCAGCCGCUGCUUUUCACGCUCUGACCACCUGGCCCUGCACAUGAAGCGCCACCAGAAUUAACUCCGACAUACCUGUAUAUAUAUAUAUAAACCAUCCCAAACAUCACACACAAAUACAGCAGUUUCCAGACAUGACAACCAUCUGAACUUAAGCCCAUUAAAGGAAUCACGAAGAGAUACAAUCCCAAAAUCAUCCCUGUGCACCUGUGUUUAUUCUGGCACUCAGUGCUAUAAGUUGAGUGAUCGUCAGCAUAUAGCAGUAUCCAGAGCACACCCACAUCAAACACAUUUAGUUGGAAACCAGUGAUGAUCACAUCUUUGUCGCUACACCUACUGGUUGGCCAGGGUUCCUGUUCAGUGUAGGGGUCUGAGGGAGAUGGAGUUAGCUCUCUUUAUGCUUCAUGAUCUCCUGGUGAAACUCCUCUGUGGCAGGUGAAAAGAGGCAGACUCCAGGUGUAUUACAGGAGUCACAUGGUGGUUUACACCUUCCACAGACCAACUGGGGGUGCGCUUAACAGUGGGAAUUGGAAUGAAAAAGGGAAAAUGCGCAGAAAAGAGAAUCCAAAGGCAGUUUUUUGAUGAAUUAUGGACAUUUCAGGCGAACUGGCCUUGUAUGAGUUAGUUGUUCUGUUAUCCAAACAGGGAAAGUAGCUCCCGGCAACAGAACUGUCACGGCAAGCUCUAUGAUAUGCAGUAUUUCUGAGAUAAUACUCGUCAUCUGCUAUCAGUCAACACAGUGUUUGCGGAAACACCAAGGCUAAUGAUCUACCAGGGACUCUGGGAUGAUUUUGGUGUCUGUUCUCAUCACUGAACAGAUGCAGUAUGUUCAUUUAAAACAUACACUGGUCCGACUCAUAAACACGCAGCCCAUACACAUUCGGUCGACAUCAUGGAACUGUGUUGUCAGGCUCCUCCGAAGUCUUUGGAACAACCUGGAAACACCUCCUUCUGCUGUAAACAUGAACUAUAUGUUUUCCUACCAAUCUGCUGCCACCUUCAUCAUCAGCAUCAUCACUGUCAACUUUUAUAAUUUUGAGGUAUGAACUUUUUCACAGAGAGGGGGUGCUGUAGUCCCCUCAGUCCUGCCUUUGUAAAUACUUGUUUAUAUCUGUGUGCAUACAUGUGUCUGAGAAUUCAAUGAAUGUAUUGCGAUUUAUACUUGACAACCUUUUUUUUUUUUUUUACAUCAAAUGUUAAUAUGAGUCAUAUUCCAUGUUGAAACUUCCUCCGGAUAUGAUCUCCCUUUAAGGGCCAGAAAAAAAGUAAACACACAAUCAACAAACACAAUCAGAGAACUCUCCACGGAAAAGUUAAUAAUCGCCCAGUUAUGCUUGUUUCAGCACAGGUAAUACCUGUCGAGCUCAGAGAGCAGAGCGAUUUGCCAAUGUUUGUAUCCAUGACACUGCCCGUUGCUGCGGCAACCAAGCUCCUCUGACGACAGUUUGCGGUUUGCUUGCAGUUUCUAUUCAGUGCUGGUUUUUUCCCCCCCUUUUUUUUCUCUUCUGUAUUUGUUCAACACUUCAACUUCAGAAAGAAAGAGAUGGGUGGAUAAACCUGUUAUGUAAUCAUUCCUUAAUGUUUUAAUGUACAGAGCGGCUGGUAAAUUACUCUCACAGCUCACAGUCAGUCCUGUUUCCUGGACCAAGGGCAGGUUGUUCACUUGUUUGCAUGACAUUAAUUGUCAGUUGUGGCUCCGGCAUUCUUUUGGGGUUUAUAAAAAAAAGUCUCUUCUGCCAGCCCAGGAUGCCCACGCAUUUUUGUGCAGUGGUGUAGCUUGAACGCCUGCCAACGACAGGAAUUACAUUUAGGGAAAAAAAUGUUGCACAGUACAAAUGAAGAGUUCGAGAGUUAGUGUCACCAUCGUUGUUCCUACCAAUCUUCUGCCACCUUUUUCUCUUGUAGAGAGAAUAAGAUUAGAAGUUAGGAUAAAAGAAACUAACAUUUAGGGUUGGGUUCAUGUUUGAACCAAAACCAGUUAUGGUGCCUACCUAUACCCAAUGCCACCUUUUUUAAGUAUUAAACUCUUUUUAAUAAACUUUUAACUCUUUCUAAAGGCAGUAAUAAAAAUCUUUGAACAAGCAACAGUGAACAAGCGAUUCUGCUUGUCUCUGCUGCCAAGCACCCCGAAGCCAGGAAGAUGGCCAUGAAGGUCUGCAGCUGGAUUUAACAUGAAUUAGUACUUGGUAGUAGCGAUGUAAUUUGGUCAAUACCCUUAAAAAUACCUGGUUCAGAACCCAAACUCUGUAAAUCUAAACCUGCCCUGUAUGAGCUUACUGGUUAUACUGGGUUACAGUGCAAACUUUUCCAGUUUGUUGGAGCUGAGAGUUGAGAAACUGUAUUUGAGGCAGUGAAAUACUUUAUCUGCAUGAAUCAUGAUUUAAUUGUCAUUCAUUCACUUUAUCAUUGAUCAUCCACAUCUGAUCUCACCUUUUCCUCACUGGUUCUAGCACUUUGCCUCGUCAGAAUACCAGAUACACAUCAACGUAAAGUGAUGCGUGUUAAGGAACAAAACUGAACUUUAGCAAUGUCAUGUUGAGAAAUUUCAAGCAGCUCCAGUUGACUCACAGACGUGCUCAGUCAUGUUUUUCAAGCCACCUUUCCACAAGGGGGAGCUGUUUGUUUAGCGCAAGAACAGUUCUAUACCUGUACCCCCUGUGAAUUUGUGUUUCCUAGCAUAGCGAAGGAAUGGCCUGCCUUAUUCUUCCCUUUAAUUGGCUUACCCUGACAUUCUUACCAUACCCAAACAGUUCCAACCCUUUUGCUGAGACUUAAUCAAUCCAACCAGUGAAGACAACGAGUAUUAACCGAUCACUGGCAGAGUGUGGCAAGUCAUUCCUUCACUAACCUAGGACUCGCAGAUUUGUGCCCUGCCUAUUGAAAAGGAACGUAACAGCAGCAGCACGUCAGACCCUCUGAUGUUGACAUGUUGGUGUCGACCCCAACAGGCAAAGAAAGUAAUAGCUCCUGCGAUUGCUCCACCUGCAGGCAAUGAAUGUUAAAGGUGAAUUUUAUUUAGAGUACUGUUUGCAUUGUGUUCAGUUACUAUUCCAGGCAUCCACGACCAUAGUUCAAGGAUGAAACUUUUCUUAUUAGCAAAGUUAAAAAUGUAGUAAUUUUCUUACCGCAGCUAUACCAUAUCACCAUGUCUACAUUUGUAGUAUUAGACUGCUGCUGCUGUUUGUUUUGUUGCCUGUAGGUGGCGCAGGUUGGGCUGUAACUGAAACUAAAAUUUCUGGCUCUGCCACUGUGUAGCUGGAUGAUACUGGUUUGGUUGUUUUCAGUAGUUGUCUUUGCCCUUUUAAAAACCACAGACUUUACGAGCAGAUACUUAAACUUGGCAUUAGCUAAAGUGUAACAGGUUGGUGAAGUCAAAACAUUUAGACAGUCGCAGAAACAUUUUUUUAAAAAAGUUUGGUUGAUUUUAUCGUCAUUGCAACCUCACCCUGUUUGCUGAGGCUGCAGGCUCCAUCCACCUGCACUCCAUAAAAACAAGCGUGCCGCUUUGAUUGACCCACGUGUGUCCAACAUGUGUUCAUUUAUGGGAAACACAUCCUGUUAUUUCAACACUAUGAUUGUUUUAUUUUUUUAAGAGUUUCUUCUCGAGGAAACAAGUUCUCCUGUCUCCCUCAUGGAGGGAGCACUGACCACCCACUGUGUACAUAACUGUAGUUUCAGCUUCAACAAAAGAAUUUGUAAAUAUUUGUUUGCUUUUAUUUCCUAUUAUAAUAUUAAUAUUUUUUUUUUCUUUUUUUAACUAAUGGGAUUUUAGAUCGGUUGUAUGUGAAUGCUUGUUUAAUUUUGUUUUGAUACUAAAUAUAUGUGUGUAAGAGAAUUUAUCAGUUUAUGUGCAAAUUGAUAAGAACAACAUAUUUUUUUGUUUUCUGUUUGUGCAGAUGCUGCAAUGAAAUAAAAAGAUUCAUAAAAUAA